UCCUAGCUCAAGGAGGGGCAUAAAAACACUUCAGGUGCUUUUUGAUCGUGUUUUAUAAGGAGAUCUCUGCUGGAUCUCCCUCACUGCGCUCCGCCCGGUGCUUGAGGACAGAAGAUGCCCAGGCAGUUCCUCUGCCCAGUGUUCGGCUCGUCACUGUGGUUGGCACUGAUACUCCAGUCUCUCAUUUCCUCCGCCGCUACCUACAGGAGACCAGUGUCCGGAGGGAAGAGACAGAGCUUUCUGGAGAGAACCUUGAUUUUACUGGACGUGAAUACUCGAAGCCCGGUCAAAGUUUUGAAUGACAACUUCCUCUCGUUGCAGUUGGAUCCAUCUAUCGUAAAGGAUGGCUGGCUGGACUUCUUAAGCUCCAAGCGGUUAGUCACUCUGGCACGGGGACUCUCUCCUGCUUAUUUGAGGUUUGGGGGCAAACGGACCGACUUUCUCCAGUUUCAUAACCUGAAGAAUCUUGCAAAGUUUAGAGGGCCCGGACCAGACUAUUACCUCAAAAACUAUGAAGAUGACAUAGUGCGCAGUGACUUCGCUCUGGACAAACAAAAGGGUUGCAAGCUGGCCAGCCACCCAGACAUGAUGCUGGAACUGCAGCGGGAGAAAGCGGCUCAGAUGCAACAGGUUUUGUUGAAAGAACAGCUCUCCAACAUCUACAGCGACGUCACAUUAACAGCCAGGUCUUUAGACAAACUUUACAACUUUGCCGACUGCGCUGGACUGCACCUGAUCUUUGGGCUGAAUGCCUUGCACAGAAACCCAGACAACUCAUGGAACGCCUCCAGUGCUCUGAGUCUGCUCAAAUACAGCGCCAGCAAAAAAUACAACAUCUCCUGGGAGCUCGGCAAUGAGCCCAACAGUUACCGCACAAUGGCUGCUCGAUCAGUCAACAGCUCUCGUCUGGCUCAGGAUUACUCUCUUCUGAAGACGUUACUGCAGUCGGUGCGUUUCUACAGCAGAGCUAACCUCUAUGGACCCAACAUUGGGCGUCCUCGCAAAAAUGCAAUCCUGUUACUAGAUGGGUUUAUGAAAAAUGGUGGUUCUGUCGUCGACGCAGUAACGUGGCAACAUUACUACUUUGACAGGCGGGUGACCAAAGUGGAAGACUUCUUGAAGACGAGACUUCUAGACACCCUGUCUGAGCAGAUUACCAAGGUGUUAAAGAUUGUUCAUACUCAUGCUCCAGAGAAGCAUGUGUGGCUGGGUGGAGUUGGUCCGGCUUGGGCAGGGGGCACCAAUAAUUUAUCUGACACAUUUGCUGCUGGUUUUCUAUGGCUCAACACUCUCGGUAUCGCUGCAGCUCAUGGGAUUGAUGUUGUUCUCCGACAUUCUUUUUUUGAUUAUGGAUACAACCACCUCGUCGACCAGCACUUCAACCCUUUACCUGAUUACUGGUUAUCUCUGCUCUUUAAACGUCUGGUGGGCCCCAGGGUGCUCGCGGUGCACGUCGCAGGUCUCCAGAGGAAACCACGCCCUGGACGGGUGAUUCGGGACAAACUCCGCAUCUAUGCGCACUGCACCAGCUUUCACAAUCAUGAUUAUGUCAGAGGGUCCAUAACCAUCUACAUCAUCAACCUGCAUCGCUCACGGAAGAAAAUUAAGCUGGCCGGGACUUUACGAAAUAAAACUGUUCACCAAUACCUGUUACAGCCCUUCGGCACAGACGGACUUCACUCCAUGUCUGUGCAGCUGAACGGGGAGCCCUUGCGUAUGGUGGACAAUGAGACGUUCCCUGAGCUGAAGCCACGGACUCUCAGGGCAGGAAGAACGAUAGCUAUGCCACCUGUGUCCAUCGGCUUCUACGUCAUCAAGAAUAUUAAUGCUUAUGCCUGCCGCAGAUAACACACACUGACCGACCUCAGACCAUCCCUCGUGGCCUUUUCCUCUUUUUAGAAGCCCACAGAGACGUGGAAAAGACCCCUUGGUUCAA